GCUACCAAUCUGAAACACAGCACAUCUAUCAAGUUAUAAAUCCUUCUGAAGCUAAGAGCCUUUCUUUUUCACAAGCCAAUCAGAUCAUCAAUUUCCCAAAUGGCUUCCAAGGCUCUAGCUUCCACUGCUCUCCUCCUCUCCCUCAACCUCCUCUUCUUCACUUUGGUCACCUCCACCAAUGUUGCUUGCCCACCACCUGAGAAAAAAGGUCACAAACACCAGCCCAAGCAUGCAAGUCCUGCACUACCCAACCCUAAUCCCUCUAAGCCUGCCACGUGCCCCAAAGACACAUUGAAAUUGGGGGCAUGUGCUGACGUGUUGAAUGGUUUGGUGCACCUUGUUGUUGGUCCACCAAAGUUCCCUUGCUGCAGCCUCAUUGAGGGCCUUGUUGAUCUUGAUGCUGCUGUGUGCCUUUGCACUGCAAUCAAAGCUAAUGUCUUGGGGAUCCACUUAAACAUCCCCGUUUCACUCAGCCUGCUCUUGAACUACUGCGGGAAGCAGGUCCCAAGUGGCUACGAGUGUGCUUAAAUUUGAAGUACUAUUUAUGCGUACUGCUCUCAAUUUUUAGCACUUGGGUUUUAAUUAAUUUCCUUUGUUUCUCAUUUUCAUCAUGGUGUGCCUAAGAGCUUUGUUGGGAUGUUUAUUGGUAUAUUCCAUUAUCCAUUCUUAUUAUAAUAAUUCUUUCUAUAUUGUUUUGAUGGACGGAUGGAUGGUAGGCUACUUGCCUUCUUCCACAUCCUCUAUAGCAAUUGUAUUUUAUUGAAAAUAUUAUUGAUUGAGCUGAAAUAAUGAAUUGUGAUGUUUCAGAAAGUAAUUGAAUUUGAGUUCCUUG